AUGAAAAACAAACCCAAUUUAAAUAUAACUGUAAAAGGUGCAAAAUUACUAUAAGAUCUUGAUGAAUAAAAAGGAAAGGGCAAAUAGGAUCCUUAUACAUAAAUUUAAUUAGGAGCAUAAAAGUUUAAAACGAAAACAGCUACAAAUUAAGGAAAAUAUCCUAUUUGGAAUGAAACUUUUUAAUUUGUUUAUGAUCCUAAAAAUUCAAGCUUAAAUGUUUCUGUAUAUGACAUAGAUCCUUAAAAAAAAAAUUCAGAAGAAUUAAUUGGAUAAGGAAUUCUAAAUUUAUAACAUGCAGAAACUGCUCCUGAAUGGUUAGUUUAGGUUCCAUUAUACAAAAAUUAAAGUGAUAUGGGAUCUCUUGAAUUAUAAUUUGAUUUUAUUGGAAAGUAAAAACCAUCUGCAAAGUAAAAUAAAAGUGAAUUAGGAUCAGAAAGAUAAUUAGAUAAAUCAAAUAAUUCUAUCUAAUCAUAAAAAUAAUAAAGAUAAUCAUAAGAUAAUGGCUAUGAUUUUUAAACUAUUAAUAUAGAUGCAUAAUAAAAAGAAUUAAUAAAAUGGAUAUAAGAAAUAAAAAAUAAAGAAUAUAUUAAUACAUUGAAAUACUUAGAUGAUUCAAAGUUAUCAUCUGCAAUAGAGAAGGCAUUGAAUGAAGUAUCCGAAAAAAACCCAGAAAAUUAAAUUGAUUUUUUUGCUGAUUGUUUAUUAAAAUUUAAGUGAUAAUGACAAGCAUUUCAUAUAAUACCAAAAAAUUAAGGCCAUUCAAAACAUAAAGAGAUUCUUUACUUAAUGAUCUUAAAAAACUAUAACAAGAAUAUGCAGAAGAAGAAAAACUUAAUGAUUUGUAUUUUGAUGAAAUAGGUAAAGCAGAAAAGGUAUUUUUUUUAAAUUCAAAUAGGAAUAUGAUGCAUUAUAAAAAUCACUUGAACAACAUCAAAAAUAACAUUAAGAUAAAACAACAGGUCCUGUCACAUAAGAAACAUAAGGUAUGGAUGCUAAAUUAGAACAUGAAGUCACGUAAACGUUAAAAUUAUUUCUGUUAAACAUUAGCAAAAAAGAGAUAUUAGAAAUCAUCCAAGAAAAAGAAAUAGCAAAAAGAUAAAGUUAGAAUCAAAAUCAAUUUUUAACACUUCAUUUAAAAUAAGAUGAAGAAAUUGCUAAAGUUGAAGAUGAAGAGUUAGACAGUGGAUAUUAUUUAACUUUAAAAAAUUAGUCAAAUUCUGUAUAAGUUAAAGUACCUGGUACAAUUAAAACUUUUAAAGAAUUGAAAUAAAUUGUCAAGUCUUGUUUCAUGGCAGAAGAUAAUGAAAUAUUUUAUACUGAUUAGAUGGGCAAUUUAUUACAAUUUGAUAUGAAUGUAUUAAAUGAAUUAUACCCACCUAUUUAUGAACUUUUGAGAAAUUAUGAACCUAUUGUAGGAGUUUAAAUUAUUAAAUAAAAAAAGUAAAAAGAUGAUAAAAUAAAUAUAACUAAUAAUAAUGAUGAGAUCUUAUUUACAGAAGCAUAUCCUGAAGGAUUGACUAAAGGAUUUAGAUAAACUAGAAGAAUAGAAAAUAAAAUUAAUUGGUCCUAGUAUCUAGGAUAUUUAAAUAAAGUUAAAUAUUUUUUUGAAUCUUGUCUAUUUAUACUAUUAUUAUUUUUGUUUAUACUCACAGAAAUCAAUUAAAUCAAAUUUGUUACUAAUACUCAAAUAUUAGCUUCAUUUCAAAAUUCUUAUCCUAUUCAAAGAUCAUACUCUAAACCAGUAUAUGAUUUAGCAGCAUUAAUAAAUUAAACUUUAGCAGAAAUAAAUGAAACUAAUAUUUUUUACAAUUACCCAUUAAAAUCAGCAUUAUUAAUUUAGAAAUUGGUUCAAUAAGAAAAUUUAGAUGAAUGCCAUAUUUCAAAUUCUUAUUAAAAAUUAAUUUUUUAAAAUAAAAAUUAAAGCUGCCUGAACUUUGAUGAAUCUUUUGUAGAAGAUUUAAAAGGAGAUUUUACUUAAACUGAAUUUGAUCCGUCUAAGUAUGAUAAUUAUUAUGGAGGAUAUGUUUGGGAAUUAAAUCUUACAAAUUAAUAAAGUCUAAGUCAUAGUUUAUAUGAAAUAGAAUCUUAAGAUUGGUUAAGAUACAAUAUUAAAUAAUCUUAAUUCAUUUUAAAUUAUUUUAAUAGUCCAACUUAGAGGUUAAUAUAAGCUACUAUCUCAACUUUGUAUCUAUUUAAUGAUGUAAAAUAAAUACUUAUAUUUAGGAAUAACUAAAUUAUAAUUCAAUGUAAACAUAAGCAUUUGAUUUAAAUUCUAAAGCAGAUUAAGAAAUUCUUGCUCAUAAUAUUAUGUUUUAUGUUGCUAUUCUUUUGCUUAUUCCAUCUUUUUUUGGUAUGAUAUUUAUAAAUAUUUUUUAAGAUUUUUUUGGAUUUUAUUUCAUAGGUACUUAAAAUAGCUUAAUUCUUAUAUAUUUAUAAUAUAUUGAACUGUUAAAUAGAAGAAAAAAAAUGUAAUCUAGAAAAAGAGAAUUAGCACCAUAAGAAGAAAGAGAAUUUUAAUAAAAAUAAUUAAUUGUAAGUGAUUAUUUUAUAUUAAACUUAAAAGUUUUAUAUGUAACAAUUAAAAUUCCAUUGAUAUUUGAUAUAAUUUGUAAGUGUAAUAAUAUAAAUUAGAUAUGUUAAGCAAUGUUAGUAUAUUAAUUAGAAGUACAAUAUCAAAAUCAUAUUAAGAUGAGUUAGAUAAAAUUGAUGUUGGAUCAGAUUCAUAUUAAGAUGUUUCAAAAUUGAUAACUCCACUUUAUACAACUAGAAUUUAUGAUGGAAUUCAAAUGUUAUUUUUAAUGAUAGCAAUUAAUAGAUUUUUAGGCAAUUGGAGUCCUUAUUUAAAAUGUUAUGGAUUAGUUAUAAUAAGGGUAAAUAUAAUAUGAUAUUUUAGUUUAAUAAAGAAUCCUGGUUUUUACUUUUGGUUUUAGUAUUUAUUAUCAGUAUUUGUGCAAUGUCAUGGUGUAUCACAAUAUAAGGUAAGCUAAUAAAUCACGAUAACUUCUUUUAUUCAUUUAUUGGCUUAUUAAGAUGCACACUUAAAUAUGGGAUGCAUAAUGAUAUUGCUGAAUAAGGUUUUUAUAAUAAUUAUGUGAAGGAUUUAAGUUUUUCUUUUGAUACAAGAUAUGUAUUAUUUUUCAUAUUAAUUAGAUCCAAUAUGUUAUUGUCAUGGUAGUGACUAUGAUAAUGAUUCCAAUAUUUAUUUCUUUGAUGACACAAUAAGUACAUAAUACAAAAGAAGAAGCAAAAUAAAAGAUGAUGGAUUUUAAUAAAUGA